AUAUAAUAAAUUAUAUUCUGUUCUAUUCCCACAAUUAUUUAUCGAGUCAGAGUCCAGACGAGAAGAAUUGCACGCGUCUCAACUGUCAAACCUUAACCUCGUGACUCAACAACACCACCACCACCGCAACGUAUCUUCACCACCUUUAGCCCCCCUUGACUGAAGUUCUGAACCACCAUGACAGUUUCCGAGCCCUCCUAUAUCCGAGUUGCCCAUCGCAAACAAGCCCAGCUGGACUCUCAAAUUCCAGCAGAAUGGAAGCUCCCCGCAUCUCUUAUUCCGCCAGGAAUGCUCUCCCCAGCCGAAUCCAUCACCAACGCCAAAACAUACCAGCGGGUCAGCGUGAUAGAUAUCCCCCGCACUUGUGGGCUUCUUACGGACAGGGAGCUGGAUAUCACGGAGAAUUGGGAUGUUAGGGGUCUUGUGGGUCAGAUGGUGGAGGGCAAAUUGACGGCGGAGGAGGUCGUGAGGGGAUUCUGCAAGCGAUCCGCGAUAGCACAUCAACUCACUCGCUGUCUGACUGAACCCCUCUUCGAAGAUGCCAUUCAACGAGCCCAAGAACUCGACCGCCACUUCAAACAGACCGGGAAACCCGUUGGUCCUCUCCACGGCCUUCCCGUGUCUAUCAAAGACCCCUUCCACAUCAAAGGACGAGACUCGAGCAUCGGCAUUGCUGCUCUUGCAUUCAAACCUGCAGCCGAGAAUGCCCCUCUCGUCGAGCUACUCCUCUCCUUGGGUGCAGUGGUGAUUGCCAAGACCAACGUACCCCAAACCAUGGGCGCUCUGGAUAGCUGCAACCAUCUUUUUGGGCGUACGCUCAACCCACUCAACCGCCAACUCACCGCUGGAGGAAGUUCCGGCGGCGAAGGUGUACUGGUGGCCAUGCGCGGGGUAAUGGUAGGUCUGGGGACUGAUAUUGGCGGUUCCUGCAGAAUACCUGCUAUGUGUACCGGAAUAUAUGGGGUAAAGCCAAGUGUGGGUCGGUUGCCUUAUGGGGGGCAGGAGGGCGGACAGAUCCCCGGCAAGGGGCGGAUGGCAUUGCAAGCUGUCGCGGGACCGUUGGCGCGAUCUGUGGCAGAUUUGAAUGCUGUCAUGGCGGAGAUCGUGCCCCGAGCUGAGUUAUACGGAGAGGAUUGUAUCCCUGGACGAUGGUUGAGUAUGCCAAAUGCUAUUCAACCUCCAAGGAACUUCACCAUUGGCGUUCUUCGAUCAGAUGGUCUGGUUGAGCCUUUGCCUCCCAUUGCCAAGGUUUUGGGUGAGGUGGCUCAAACAUUGCGGCACACGCCUGGGGUUGAAGUGGUGGACAUCCCUGUGCCUCCUGCACUAGCGAAGUGUCAAGCAUUAGCGGGACGGUUAAUGGGAGUGGACGAUGGAAGCACGAUGAUGGAUCUUCUAGAAAGCACUGGCGAACCCUUGAUCCCGUGGCUCCAAGGCCGGAUGAGGCGAGGAAAGGCGUUAACGGUUGUGCAGCUGGCACAGCUCCAGGCACAGCGGGCUGCAGUUGAAAAGGAGCUACUGAAGAUGUGGACACUUGGUGGUGUUACUCGACAGAUUGAUGCCAUUAUCGUGCCUGUGGCGCCCCACCCAGUGCCAGAACUCGAUCGGUACAAUGCAGUUGGGUAUACUUCCAGCUUCAACCUGCUCGACUUGCCAGCUGGUACCAUUCCUGUGCGGAAGUUCCAAGAGUCUGACCUGAGUCUGGAGAUGACUGCACCUGUUCUGGGAAGUUGGGAUAAGGCUAAUCGGAUGUUGUGGAACGAGAAAACGGUCGACCGGCGCGUGUAUCUGGAUUCACCCUUGAGCAUUCAGGUGGUGACACCCAAGCAGCAUGACUAUGAGCUCAUUCAGGCGAUGGAAAUCAUCGACAGAGCUGUACGAGCACAAGAGGUUUCUGGGAGAAGCAAGUUGUAACUGCAUAUAUAGCUACUAAAUA